AUGGAAGAUGCAGUGACACAUCUGCAGGUGCAGGAGGGAGUGGGAAGUCAGGGUAGAAAUAUCUCAGAGGAGCUGGAGAAGGAGGAGGAGGAAGAGAGGGAGUGGCAGGAAGUGGGCAAAUGGAAGGAGAAAAAGUUGCAGAUGAAGUACUAUGUGUGGCCUCGCUUUGAGCUGUAUCCCGACUCUGAGGAGCGUGAGGAUGAUCACCUGAGUAUUGUGACCUUGGAAGAGGCACCGUUUGUCAUCGUGGAGAAUGUGGACCCCCUAAGUGGCACCUGCAUGAGGAACACAGUCCCUUGCCAAAAACGCAUAGUGACCGAGAACAAAACUGAUGAGGAGCCAGAUUACAUGAAGAAAUGUUGCAAGGGAUUCUGCAUUGACAUCCUCAAGAAAAUCUCAAAGUCUGUCAAGUUCACCUAUGACCUCUACUUGGUGACUAACGGCAAGCAUGGGAAAAAGAUCAAUGGGACAUGGAAUGGAAUGAUUGGAGAGGUCGUCACGAAACGGGCCUAUAUGGCUGUGGGAUCCCUGACCAUUAAUGAGGAGCGUUCAGAAGUGGUGGAUUUCUCUGUACCCUUCAUUGAGACGGGAAUCAGCGUCAUGGUGUCACGUAGCAAUGGAACUGUCUCACCUUCUGCCUUCUUAGAGCCUUUCAGUGCUGACGUAUGGGUGAUGAUGUUUGUGAUGCUGCUUAUCAUCUCUGCAGUGGCUGUCUUCGUCUUUGAGUACUUCAGCCCUGUGGGCUAUAAUCGGUGCCUUGCUGAUGGCAGAGAGCCUGGAGGUCCCUCUUUCACCAUUGGCAAAGCUAUCUGGUUGCUGUGGGGGCUGGUGUUCAACAACUCUGUGCCAGUGCAGAAUCCCAAGGGUACCACUAGCAAGAUCAUGGUGUCGGUGUGGGCCUUCUUCGCUGUCAUCUUUCUGGCCAGCUACACUGCCAACCUGGCUGCCUUCAUGAUCCAAGAGGAAUAUGUGGACCAGGUGUCUGGCUUGAGCGACAAAAAGUUCCAGAAACCAAAUGACUUCUCCCCACCUUUCCGCUUUGGGACGGUUCCCAAUGGCAGCACAGAAAGGAACAUUCGCAACAACUACCCUGAAAUGCACAGCUACAUGGUGAAGUUCAAUCAGAGGGGGGUGGAUGAUGCACUGUUCUCACUGAAGACUGGGAAGUUGGAUGCUUUCAUUUAUGAUGCAGCAGUGCUAAACUACAUGGCUGGCAGAGAUGAAGGCUGCAAGCUGGUGACAAUUGGGAGUGGGAAAGUGUUUGCCUCUACUGGCUAUGGCAUUGCCAUCCAAAAGGACUCGGGCUGGAAGCGUCAGGUUGAUCUUGCCAUUCUACAGCUCUUUGGAGAUGGGGAGAUGGAGGAGCUGGAAGCGCUGUGGCUUACUGGCAUUUGUCACAAUGAGAAGAAUGAGGUUAUGAGCAGCCAGCUGGAUAUAGAUAACAUGGCAGGUGUCUUCUACAUGCUGGGAGCAGCCAUGGCCCUCAGUCUCAUCACCUUCAUUUGCGAGCACCUCUUCUACUGGCAGUUCCGACACUGCUUCAUGGGUGUCUGCUCUGGCAAGCCCGGUGUGGUCUUCUCCAUCAGCAGGGGCAUCUACAGCUGCAUCCACGGCGUGGCUAUCGAGGAACGCCAGUCAGCAAUGAAUUCCCCCACGGCGACUAUGAACAACACCCAUUCCAACAUCCUCCGCCUCCUUCGGACAGCCAAGAACAUGGCCAACCUGUCAGGGGUCAAUGGCUCACCACAGAGUGCCCUGGACUUUAUCCGUCGUGAGUCUUCAGUCUAUGAUAUCUCUGAGCACCGCCGCAGCUUCACCCACUCAGACUGUAAGUCCUACAACAACCCCCCCUGUGAGGAGAACCUCUUUAGUGACUAUAUUAGUGAGGUGGAAAGGACCUUUGGCAACCUCCAGCUGAAGGACAGCAACGUGUAUCAGGACCACUACCACCACCACCACCGCCCCCACAGCAUUGGCAGCACCAGCUCCAUCGACGGGCUCUAUGACUGUGACAACCCACCCUUCAAUGCCCAGUCGCGGUCCAUUGGGAAGAAGCCCUUGGACCUGGGGUUACCCCCUGCUAAGCACAGCCAGCUGGGUGACCUUUACGGCAAGUUCUCCUUCAAGAGUGACCGCUAUGGGGGCAGUGGGGCCCAUGAUGACCUGAUCCGCUCAGACGUCUCUGACAUUUCCACUCACACAGUCACCUAUGGCAACAUCGAGGGCAAUGCGGCCAAGAGGCGGAAGCAGCAGUACAAGGACAGCCUGAAGAAGCGCCCGGCCUCCGCCAAGUCCCGGCGGGAGUUUGACGAGAUAGAGCUGGCCUACCGCCGGCGCCCACCCCGCUCACCCGACCAUAAGCGCUACUUCAGGGACAAGGAAGGGCUACGGGACUUCUACCUGGACCAGUUUCGGGCCAAGGAGAACUCUCCACACUGGGAACAUGUGGACCUGACGGAUAUCUACAAAGAGCGGGGAGAUGAGUUUAAGCGUGACACGGGAGGAGGAGGGGGUGGAUCCUGCACCAACAGGGCCCACCACAAGCAUGGCUCGGGCGAGUUUGGCGGAGGCAACGAGCACAAGCAUGGUGUUGUGAGCGGGGUCCCGGCGCCAUGGGAGAAGAACCUGACCAACCUAGACUGGGAGGACCGGAGCGGGACUAAUUUCUGCCGCAGUUGCCCUUCUAAGCUGCACAACUACACACCGUCGGUGGUGGGGCAGAACUCCACUCGCCAGGCCUGCAUCCGCUGCGAGGCCUGCAAGAAAGCGGGCAACCUGUAUGACAUCAGUGAGGAUAACUCGCUCCAAGAGCUGGACCAGCCACCUGCCCCCGUGCCCGUGGCCACUAGUGCCACCUCCUCCUCCAAAUAUCCUCAGAGCCCUUCCAAUUCUGCCUCCAAGGUGCAGAAGAAGAACCGCAACAAGCUUCGCCGGCAGCACUCCUACGACACCUUUGUGGACCUGCAGAAGGAUGACUCGGCCCUGGCCCCCCGCAGUGUCAGCCUCAAGGACAAGGGCCGAUUUUUGGAGGGAAGCCCCUAUGCCCACAUGUUUGAGAUGCCAGCCAGUGAGACCACCUUUGCCAACAACAAGUCCUCAGUGCCCGCCACCAGCUACCACCACCACAACAACCCUGGCAGCAGUGGGGGCUACAUGCUCAGCAAGUCACUCUACCCCGACCGGGUCACCCAAAACCCUUUCAUCCCCACUUUUGGGGAUGACCAAUGCUUGCUCCACGGCAGCAAAUCUUAUUUCUUCAGGCAGCCUGUGGUGGCAGGAGGGCCCAAAGCCAGGCCAGACUUCCGAGCCAUCGUCACCACCAACAAGCCGGUGGUCUCAGCCCUUCAUGGGGCUGUGCCAGCCCGUUUCCAGAAGGACAUCUGUAUAGGGAACCAGUCCAACCCCUGUGUGCCUAACAACAAAAACCCCAGGGCUUUCAAUGGCUCCAGCAACGGGCAUGUUUAUGAGAAACUCUCCAGUAUUGAGUCUGAUGUUUGA